AUGUCUCAUGCGGUUUGGAAGUGGCAAAUGAGCUCGUUUAUAGCCUUCAGCAUCCUGAUUAGUAGCAACACCGCCCGUGUAAGUGAAUUCGGCUCGGAGGCUAAAGCGAUAGAAGCAGGGUCAUUAUCAAAAGCUCGAGAAACAACGUCUGGAUUGAACACUUCGCCCGUCACUCAUGCGGCCCCGAAGUCAUUGAACAUAAUCUCGUACGAGGGUCAUCUGCCUCCGCGGCAUGCACCACCCAGGCCAAUGCGUUCCGCUUCAUUCAAACCUCCCCCACAAGCCGCUAUGUCUGGUGAAGAAGCACCAAAACCAAAUCUGAAAGGCUUCUCCAAAAUAAAAUUGAAGCUGGCAAAAUACCCCGCGAAGAUAAAAGAAAACUUCUUCGAAGCCUAA